AUUCAGAAAAAAGAUGGAUUUAUCUUUACUUGAUUCAGAGGAAACAGAAAAAAUGGUCAACUAUCUACGAAGCAAAAAGCACCCUGUAUACGAUGGUUGCAUGUUUCCGAAAUUUCCGACGUUAUUAGAUGGCCCUGAACAACAUAUGGAGGCGAUCCGGAACUUCGACUCUAAAGAAACAGAUAUACUACUGUGUACAUUUCCUAAAUCAGGCACAAACUGGGUAUAUGAAACCGUGUCGAUGAUCCUUCAAGGAGACAGCCAAUACACUCAAGACACUAAAGUCAACAGAAUGAUGGAAACUAUUAAUCUAGACCAGCUGAGCGAUCAACCCUCCCCACGUUUUAUCAAUACCCAUGUCGCAUUUCGUCACAUCCCGAAGAAGCAUGUCGAUAACGGCUACAAAAUUAUCCACGUAUUAAGAAACCCGAAAGAUGUAAUGGUGUCGCUAUACAACCACUGUAGAAAUGACCCAUGUGCCGUAUGUAUAGAGGAAGACUUCCCCGGGAAAUGGGACGACUUUAUACAGGAUAUGUGUGAGAACAAACACAAUUUUUAUGGAGGUUUCUUCAACUACGAACGAGAAUGGGAGAAGGCUAAACAGACGAAGGCGGUAACAAAUGUUCAUACUGUGUUCUACGAAGAUUUGAAGAAGAAUCCAGUUGCAGAAGUGGAACGUCUUGCAGCCUUUUUGAACAAAGAAUUAAGCCCCCAACUUAUGGAAGACAUUGCCGACAAAUGUUCAUUUACCAAACUUGCAGAGGCCACCAGGUCCGGCCAAAAGGGGGAAGAUAUGGUGGCCAAAUUUUCUGAGAACAAAACAAACUUCAUAUUCAGAAAAGGUACAGUAGGAGACUGGAAAAACUGGUUCACCGUCGCUCAGAAUGAAAUGUUCGACCAACUGCUGGACAGGGAGCUGAAAGAUUCGAACUUACAGUUUACAUAUACAUUGUAA